ACUGCUGCCAUCAAAACAGGCUGAGUUGAAAGCAAGACAAUCUAAACCAUCUUUGGUCAAAAGGUACUCUAAAGUCCUGCCAUUGACUGCAUUGUCGUUGUUGCCACACGAGCAGGACAAUAUGAAUCCGCUCAGUUCAGAGAAGGAAACGUUGAUUGAUGAAAUUGAACAGAGUUUAUUCACUUUAACCGAGGACAAUUUACGUUACCUGUGUGAACGUCAUGGCAACGAUGGCUCUGAAAUUAAAGGGAUGAAUCAUCGCUUAUUAAGGCGUAAAGUCAUGGAGGAAAUGUGGGACAAUACGGAGUCAAUGAAAUCAGAGGAGCAGGGAAUGUCUUGGUUAGUCCAACUGAAAGACGACAUCAGAAGGAUGCUGGAGGAUGCUAGUGGUGCACCAAUGAGUCCCAGCCAGUCCGAUGAUGAUGCUGUAGACUGUGACGAAGAAUGCGACAAGGAGGACAGCGAUUGGUUGCCUAGCAAUGGACUGAAGGUGGAGCACUUGAGUUCCAGCCAAUCCGAUGAUGACGCUGCAGACUGCGAUGAAGAAUUGGACGUGGAGGACAAGUAUUGGUUGGCUAGCGAUGGGCUAGGGGCAGAGUCAGAUCCGGAGAGGCACACUCCAGACCAGAGAAACAAGCUUCCCACGUCACCCUCCGCCCUCCCGAAGUCCCCGGGUCGUGCCUCUCCCAGUAGCGUAUUACUGCUGGGUCUGAAGAGGGUGUCCGUGCGGCUGGUCGACUGCAGGAAAAUACUGGGGCGGAGUGGCCAUAUAAUACACAAGACAGCACAGACAGGAGAGAAUCCUCACAGCUCGUCUGCUGAACAACGCAAUGAAACCCUCUCAGGAGACAGGCCUAGCUCUCAUAUCUGUGAUCAUUGUGGGAAGAAUUUUAUCACAGCAAGAAGUCUACAACUACACAUACAGAACCUGAAGAGAUACAGAGAGAACUUGACUGGAGAGAAACCACACGUGUGUUCUACAUGCGGAAAGGGAUUCAGUGAGACUGGAAGUCUUAAGAGACACCUGAGAACUCAUACUGGGGAGAAACCGUAUGUCUGCCAUCAUUGUGGGAAGGCUUGGAGUGAUUCUGGAAACUUAAGGAGACACAUGAAAAAAACUCACCCAGGAGAGAAGGUCAUUGUGAAGAGCGUCCUUACAGGAGAGAAACCUUACCAUUGCUCUUCUGACGACUGUGGGAUGAGCUUCGGUACCUCACGCAAACGCAGAGUACACCAGAGAAAACAUACAAGAGAGAAGCUUCGCAGCACGCCUAAUGCUAAGCAACGUAAGGAACCCCUCUCAGGAGAUGGCUCCCAUAUCUGUGAUCAUUGUGGGAAGAGUUUUAUCACAGCACGAAGUCUAAAACGACACUUACAGUACCUGAAGAGAUACAGAGAGAACUUGACUGGAGAGAAACCACACGUGUGCUCUACAUGCGGAAAGGGAUUCAGUGAGGCUGGCAGUCUUAAGAGACACCUGAGAACUCAUACUGGGGAGAAACCGUAUGUUUGCCAUCAUUGUGGGAAGAACUACAAUGAUUCUGGAAACUUGCAGAGACACAUCAGGACUCACACAGGUGAGAAACCUUACCACUGCUCGGAAUGUGGAAGGAAUUUUCGUGAAAAAAUAAGCCUUGUACAUCACCGGGAAGUUGUUCACACAGAACACCCUCACCGCUGUGCUCACUGUAUGAAGAGCUUCGUAAGUGCAUCGAAACUGGAAUCACACAUGCAAACCCGGCAUCCGCCAAAUGAUCCUCUGAAAAAACCACACGUGUGCUCUGAAUGUGGAAGGGGAUUCAGUGAGGCCGGCAGUCUUAAAAGACACCUGAGAAUCCAUACUGGGGAGAAACCGUACGUCUGUCCUCGCUGCGGUAAGGAUUUUACUCAAUCUGGACUCUUACAGAGACACAUGAGAACUCACACGGGAGAGACACCUUACCACUGCUCGGUGUGCGGGAUGAAGUUUUGUCAUACAAUCUCGCUAAAGCAGCACCACCUGAAGAACCACAAGGGGGAGACACUGGGUCCAGUCCGUAUGCACCAAGGCCCUCUUCCAUGCCCCCACUGUGGGGAGAAGUUAUCUACCAAGGCUCUUCUAAAGGAUCACCUGCAGAAGACCCACAAAAGCAGAGUCCACUGCCCACAGUGCGACAAGACUUUCUCCACUAAAGGUAGUUUACUAGUCCACCAGAGGAAACACACUGGAGAGAGGCCUUACCUUUGCCCUCAAUGUGGGAAGAGUUUCUCCCUGACAGGGAGUUUAAAACUUCAUCUCCGGAUUCAUGCUGGUGAGAAGCCUUACCGCUGUACUUACUGUGACAAGAGCUUCACAAGUAAGAGCCACUGCACUCUUCAUCUGCGAAUCCACACUGGAGAGAAACCGUACCAAUGCCCUGACUGCGGGAGGAGGUUUCGUGACGGGAAUGUCUUGAAAAACCACCGGCGGACCCACACAGGAGAGAAACCGUUCCAGUGCCGCUUGUGUGAUAAAGCCUUUGCCCAGUGGAGCAGUCUGAAGAAACAUCAGGAGACACACAGGCAAACUCCGCCUGUCUCUGUCCCAAGACUCCCUAAUCCCUACCUACCACACAAUCAGCAUGUCCCUUAUCCCUACCCACAUCAGACUCCAUGGUAACCUGGUGUAUCACCUGUCCAAUCCCUUAUAGAGGGAUUCCUUACGAUACCCAGACAGAAAAAUACCAUGAUUUGCGGGAAAUUCACAAAAUAAAAUCCAUAGAAUAGAAUAAAACAUUAACACCUUCCUAAUAUGGAGUUGCACCCCAUUUUGCCCUCAGAACAUCCUCAGUUCGUUGGGGGCAUUGACUCUACAAGGUGUC